ACCACACCUUGGAAAUCUCACCAAAUUGGAGUUUCUUAGUCUUUCAAGCACUUCUGAAAGGACCGUUGAUAAUCUUGAAUGGCUCUCCCAACUCACUUCUUUGAGGACCUUUCGCCUAUCAAAUUGUCAUUUUCCCAAGAUUGCUGGGAUAGUUUCCACCAUUUGUAUAUUCUAAAUUUAGAAUACAAUAAGUUGUUUGGAGAGAUUCCGAGCUCAAUUCAAACGAAUACCAUUGAAACUCUACAAUUAGGACACAAUAACUUCUCAGGAAGUUUGCCUUCCUCAUUGGAAAAUUGCACUUCACUUCGAGUUCUAGAUUUGCCGAGUAAUAGUUUGGAAGGACCAAUACCAUCAUGGAUUGGAGAGAAACUAAACAAGUUGGUUUUUCUUAGUUUGAAGUCAAAUAAAUUUAAUGGAAGUAUACCAUUGAAUCUUUGUCAUCUUACUCAAAUCCAAAUAUUGGAUUUUUCCUUGAAUGAUUUAUCAGGAGCCAUUCCUCAUUGCAUUAAAAAUUUCACUGCAAUGGCUCAAGCGGAUAAAUAUUUGAAUUCUACCCUUACUUCAGACAUCGACUAUGGCAGAGGAACUUUUGGGUUGGAUGUUGUGUCAUACCAUGACAAUAUUUUGUAUAUGAAUUAUGCAACAGUCACUUGGAAAGGAGUAGAGCACAGAUAUGAUAAGUUGUUGGGAUUGCUGAGAAUUAUUGACUUAUCAAGUAACAAAUUGAAUGGAGAGAUUCCUGCUGAAUUGACUGAUCUUUCUCAAUUGGUUCAACUGAAUCUAUCAAGGAAUAAUUUGAGUGGGGGGAUUCCAAUAAAUAUUGGGAGCAUGACUAACCUACUAGUGUUUGAUUUGUCCCACAACAAAAUACAUGGCGAAAUUCCCAUAAGCUUGGCUGAAAUACAUUUCUUGAGUUACAUGGAUUUGUCGGACAAUAGACUGUCAGGAAAAAUCCCUACUGGUACUCAGCUACAAAGCUUUGAUCCUUCCGUAUAUGCAAUGAAUCUUGGGCUGUGUGGGCUUCCUCUGUCAAAGACAUGCCAACGAGAUGACAAUAAUGAAGGAGAUGAUGAUGAUGAAGAAGAUGGUGGAGAAUUAUGGAUUGACUUGCCAUGGUUUUACAUGGGAAUUGGAGUUGGAUUCGCUAUUGGAUUUUGUGGCGUUUGGGGGAACCUAUUGAUAAACACUUCAUGGAGAAUGUCCUAUUUUCGGAUGAUGCAUAGAUUUGGCGACUUGCUUUAUGUGAUGAUCAUUGUAAAGUGGAAUUUGUUGAAGAGAAAACUAGCUCGGCACUAACUAAGAGGACAUAAUCAACAAGCACACAUCUCUCUUUGUGAAGGCAAGGUUUUGUUGCAAGGGACAGUAACACCAGAACACAAAUUUGGAUGGAAUCUUCAAAACGACAUCGUCCAUAGGUCUUCUGUCUAUCUAUCUGAUGUUCACUCAGCUGUAUUGGAUAACCAUAUAUAUAUAUAUAUAUAUAUAUGUUGUUGUUUACUUUGUCAUUACUAUUUGUUUGUAGUUGUUAUUUUUGAGCCUCUCUUUGUGAGACACCAUAUUACUAUUGUUUCUCUAUUUUAGUUUCUGUAUAUAUAUAUAUUCAAAUUUCUGUGUUUGUUCUAUUAUUACCAAGUACUCAAUCACAAUCAACAUUUUAAUUAAAAUAAAAUAAAAAAAAACAGAAGAAAGUUGAUGUAAUGGAACAUAUUCGCAAUCUGCUAUGUCACAUAUAAUGUAGUAUAAUCAGAUUGCUCACAGAAUGCCAAAUUCUGUUUUAAUUUUCUUAAUUUUUAUAUAACUAUAAGAAAAUGAAUAUUUUGCUACGAAAUUAACCAACCAACACGUUAUGAAAAGAUAGAGAGUUGAACCAAAAAAUGUUGGACAUGAAGUAAAUAAUAAGUUUCCUUUUCCACACUUGAUUCUAUACGCUAAAGAGAUGGACCCAUCGUAUUACAUUUUACUUUCAUGGCUGGUGAACUCUCAAAUAUUCUUUGAUCAUUUUACCAGGAAGAAUUCCUACUGGUACUCAAUUACAAACCUUUAAUAAUGCUUCUAUAUAUUCCAUGAAUCCUGGACUUUGCGGACCUCCUCUAUCAAGUUCAUGCCCGGGAGAUGAGACAUCCCGUGAUCAUUUACAUUCAACUUAUUAUGGCAAUGAAGGUGAUGAUGAAAAUGGUGGAGAGUGGUUUGACCUACCUUGGUUUUACAAAGGAACUGGAGCUGGAUUUGUUAUCGGAUUUUGUGGCAUUUGUGGAAAUUUGAUGAUCAAUACUUCUUGGAGACUUUCUUAUUUUAAGGUGAUGCAUAACAUAGGAGAUUGGCUUUAUGUGAUGAUCAUCAUUAAAUGGGCUUUGUUGCGGAGAAAACUAUCCUUGCACUAAUUAGGACAGUAACCAGAACACAAGUUUGAUGAAAUGGAAGCUUGGAGCUGGGAUUGAUAAUGUUGUAUUUCAAUGCCAUUCAGUUGUGGUGGUGGCCAAUAUCGUCGUCAUUUCUACAACUUAUCAAUUUCUCCAUGUUAUAUUUGAAGUUCCAGCUUUGGUUUUGUUUUAUUAGUUUCUGUUGGAUGUUGUUAUUGCUUGUUUUGUUGGGUCUUUAGUAUGUGUUUUUGUUGUGUUUUCGUUGGGCUCUGUUUUUGUUGGAAAACCUAUUGCAAUAAAUACAAACUUUUUUCUCUUUGUA